CAAGCCGCAGUAGAAAUGGAUUUUGUGUAUUUGAGGGUGAUGUUAUUGGUGAACAGUUGGCUGAUAGCAAAGGGUUCCCCGGUGGCCAUGCUUCAGCAUGCUACUUCGUCUCAGAGCAUCGUGUUUCAUCCUGGACCGCCUACAACAGCACCUCCAGUCGCCGCUCCGUCAUCAGCUGAACAGUAUAGCAGUACCCAGCCGAAGUACGAAUAUAAGUACGAAGUAUCCGACCACCAGACAGGCGAUAGGAAGAGUCACUGGGAGAGCAGGGAAGGCGACAGAGUCCGAGGAGUCUACACUCUAUACGAGCCUGACGGUGCGCUCAGGACUGUGGAGUACUCUGCUGAUGCUUUGCAUGGGUUCAACGCAAUUGUAAGGAGAAAUGAACCAUCCAGGCAUCAGCACCCUCGCGCGGAAUCGUCAUACAGUCCCCUAGCCUCUAACACUCAAAGUGGCUACCGGACAACUCCGACGCAUUCAGGUUACAUCCCUGAAAGGGGCUUCUCAAAUCCUGGACACGGUAGCGAACACCCAUCGCACUCUGCUCCCAGUGGCUCCUUCAAUUCAGCAGUGGGGUUCAGUGUAAAGCAUGUCAUGGAGCUCAAAAAGGAUAAUCAGUAUAAGCCAUUUUAAUUGUGCUGUUUAUAGCGGUUUGAUUAGUUUGGUCGAUUAAUUUGUUUUUGAGUGCGCUGAUUUUUUGACCUUAUGUCUUGUCUUAUGUGGAUUCCGGAUAUUAGAUGUAUAGUACCUAUAAGUUGUUUUCUAUGUUAAUUAAGUAGGCUACUGUAAUUCUAGUUAGUUAUAAAGAUAAGGAUGUACUUAGCGACUUUUUGGUUAGCUUUAAAUCUUAUUUAAGAGUGUAUUUUAUUAUAUCACCCACCGCGUUUUUCCCAAAGGCACCAUUUUCCCAAAGACAUUUUAAUUGCGUUCAUAAUGAUGACGUAGGUAAUCUAAUAAAUCUUUUUCCCGGUUGUUGUAUCUCUAUUAUAUUUGUGAUUAAGACAAAGAAUUCUUGAUCGUAAGCUUAAGUUUUUUGUUAUGUUAAACUCU